ACGCAGCAACAGCAGUUCGAAAAGUAUGGCGGCGGAGUUGAUUACUCUGACAGAGCAGUGGAUACGAGAUAAACUUCAAUUAACACAUCCUUGUCUUGGUGAUGUCCGUUCCCUAAGUCUGCCUGGCACAUACGAGCAGAAGAUACAACAUUUAGGAUCUGGAUUAAAGAGCUUUAUACGUUUAAAGUCUUUGGAUCUUUCUUGCAAUGCUCUUGUGUCUGUUGAGGGAGUGCAGCACCUGAAGACCUUGGAGAGGCUUAUCUUGUAUUAUAAUGCCAUACCUUCUUUGGAUGAAUUAAAAGUUCUGUUUGAAUUGCCUGUGUUAAGAGAGCUUGAUGUUCGGCUAAAUCCUCUGACAAAAAGAGAUCCACAGUAUCGCCCAUAUAUAGUCCACGCAAUGCCUAAACUACGGAAACUUGAUGGUUGUCCUGUAAGAGACACUGAUCGUAAAGUUGCUAUUAUGAAAUUCUCAUCAGAUGAUCUACCUCAAAAGGAUGCUUGUGCAAAAGAAUCUCCAGACAAAAGAACCAGUUGUCAGAGGUUGGCUUUGGUUGACCGUAUCUGCCAGAGGCUCGCUGUCCACAAAGACUCAGAUGACAUAGUGUUAAAUUUUGCUGCAACAAAUCUCGAAGACCAGGCUGAAACUUGUGUACAGCAUGACAACAAAGAAAAAAAACAAAGUGAUUUUACUAAACAAAGGAAUUCCACACCAAAACAGGAUGCUGCUAAAUCAAUUUUGAGGCAUCCUUCUGCAAUUUAUGAUAAAAGGAAGUCUGAAGUUCAAGAAAAAUCCAAACAAAUUUGUGAAACCACAGUCUCGUCUAAAGUAACAGAGAAACCGAAGGUGUCUUUUGGUCCUUAUAUUGAGAAAACCAAGCCUUUAUUUGAGAAACUAAAAAUAAAGGAUUCUAAACAAAGGAGACGCCAAGCCAUAGGUCAUUUCACUCCUAAUCCAGAUCAAACUGUCCAUCCUGGCUCAUAUUUUGGGGAUAUCCGGCCCCCCAGUCCAUGUCGACUUGGAGCAAAUGUGUCUAACCCAGCUAACCCAAUACUGCAUCCACCAAGACUCACUUACGCAAGUUUUCACAAUAAAGAAAGUGGUGGCUCCUCACAGCAAGAAGCAAAGAAGAAGAAGGGGAGUUACAGGAAACCACUCGAGAUGCUCCUGAACCUUGUAGAUAAACACUGGAGGGGAGAGAGAUCCCUGCAUCAAAACAACAACUUCCUGUCUCAAGCUGUGCAGAUCCUCUCUCUGAUGGAAAGCAGUAUUUCUAGUCGAGAGGCAGAGAUCAAGAACUUAAGACAACAAAUUGAUUCACUGAACUCAAAGGCUGCAGCAAAAGAGGAACAACACAAAACGGAAAUCCAAAAUCUAACCUCUCAGCUGCAGGAGGCACACGUUACUGCAGGGAAACUAAAUGAGCAGCUAAGGAUAGUUCUGGAGGAGAAUGUGUCUCUGCAGAGGCAGCUAAUCAAGCUUGAAAAACAGUACCUCAAGUCAAUGAUAAAAACAUCACCUCGUACUCAAAUUCAAGAAGCACAGAUAGAAGUGGAGGAUUUGAGGAGAGAAAUUGAGAUCCUGAAGGAGAAAGUGCACAAAUCUGAAUAUAAGGAAAUUAUGAAAUGAACAGGAAAUUCACUGGUGUUGAGAUGAAGAUGGGCUGAAAGACCUUCCCCCAAUGCCAGGUUUUCCUCAACAAAGUCUAUUUUAACAUGGUCGCAUAUUUAACAACUUCACUCAAAAAAUUGACAUUGACUUUAAAUAAAUGUAUUAUGUGUUUUGAAUCAGUAUAUUUUGUUAAUUGGAAGUGUUUCAAGCAGAUUAAGUUGAAACCAAAAUUAAUACUAUUGAUCAAUAUAAAAUAAUUAAAUUGAAAAAGAUUGUAUAAUACAUUUAUUUCAAAUCAAUGUCAUUUUUGAGUGUUAGUGAAGCAAGUGCUCUUUUCAUUAUUAGUUUGUGUAAGCCUCUUUUUAUACCUUAUUUCCUUAAAUGUGUACAUAAUUGGUAAUAGGCUGUUGUGAGGAAAUUAUUCUCAGGAGUUGUUAGUAAGUAUAGAUUACUGCUUCUUCUUGAAUUAGCUGCAGUUUGUGAGUUUUUAGGUCAGUCUCCAUCUGCUUUGUACAGAGCAGUGGACUGAAUGCUGCUAGAUCCAGCUGCACUGUGACUUUAUUUGUAUGUGUGCCUAAGGGCUGGACCACUACUCUCUCUGUGCUAACCUGAACUGGCUGAGCUGCUGCUAAAAUGAAAGUGGCUGUUUUAUGUGAAUGUUACUGUACAGGU